UUGAUGGAAAACUACACAUUCAACAGCUUCACACUCCAGCUGGAGGGGCUGAAUAUCUCCAGGGAUUCUGUCUAUCCUGUCUUUCUCGUUCUCUUUUUCGCCUACAUUUUUAUAAUGUUCAUGAAUGCAGGCAUUGCUUUUCUGAUUUAUACUGACAAGAGCCUUCACCAGCCCAUGUAUCUCCUUUUCUGCAACCUGUCAGUCAAUGACAUCCUUGGAAACUCCAUCAUGGUGCCUCGUUUGCUUUCAGACAUGUUGCUGCCUCCCUCCGAGCUCCUCAUCAGUUAUUAUGAAUGUGUGGUCCAAGCUUUCACCACACACAUGUUUGGUGCCGCUUCUCACACUGUGCUCAUGAUUAUGACCUUUGACAGAUAUGUGGCCAUCUGCAAUCCGCUGCGCUAUGCUACCAUAAUGACCAACAAGAUGGUGAUCAAGCUGACGGCAUCUGCCUGGGGAGUGGCCUUUGUUUUGGUCGGGAUUCUGCUCGGUCUGACCGUACGGCUGAACCGAUGCAGGACUAUGAUCAUGAAUCCUUACUGUGACAAUGCCUCCUUGUUUAAACUCUCCUGUGAGAGUGUGUUUAUUAAUAACGUCUAUGGACUCACUUUCACUGUAGUCUUGUUCACAGCUUCUAUCGGCAGCAUGGUUCUCACCUACACUAAGAUUACAGUAGUCUGUCUGACCAGUAAUAACAAGUCUUUGAACAGUAAAGCCUUGAAGACCUGCAGCACUCAUUUGGUUGUGUAUCUGAUCAUGCUGAUCAGUGGAUUUAUUGUCAUUAUUCUGCAUCGCUUCCCUCAGUACUCAGACUACAGGAAACUUUCCGCUGUUCUGUUUCAUAUCAUCCCCGGCAGCCUCAACCCCAUUAUUUAUGGGGUUCAGUGUGCAGAAAUCUGGAGAUCCUUGUCAAAAUUAUCUAGAGCGAAACCAGUCAUGCCAUCAUUCUGA